AUGUCAGCUGUAGCCUUCAAACUGGCCAGGGAAAAAGCCAUCCUAGAUGGCCUAGGAUCCAGUGGAAAUAUUGUAAAAUACUUAAACCAGGAUUUUGAGGCCCUAAAAAAGCAAUGUUUGCUCUCUGGGACUCUCUUCAAAGAUGAAAAAUUUCCUGCCUGCCCCUCCUCUCUUGGCUAUAAAGAAUUGGGACCUUAUUCUUCCAACACUCAGGGGAUUAUUUGGAAACGACCCCAGGAACUGGUCCCAAACCCCCAGUUCAUUGAGGGAGGAGCCACUCGUACAGAUAUUUGUCAGGGGGACCUGGGAGACUGUUGGCUUUUGGCAGCUGUUGCAAGUCUUACAUUAAAUGAAGCGAUUUUAGAGUGGGUUGUUCCCCAUGAUCAGAGUUUCCAGAAGGAUUAUGCUGGGAUAUUUCAUUUCAAGAAUACCAGUGAAAAAGUACAAAAAACAAGUAAGCAGCUGUUCUCACGCCAUGCUUAUUCUGUUACUGGAGCAGAAGAGGUUACUUACCGUCGUUGGCUGGAGGAAUUAAUCAGGAUCAGAAAUCCAUGGGGUGAAUGUGAAUGGACAGGAGCCUGGAGUGAUAAUGCUCUGGAAUGGAAGUAUAUUAAUCUUAAGCAAAGGAAUACUCUGCAUAGGGAAGCAAUUGAUGGAGAAUUUUGGAUGUCCUUCUCAGAUUUUAAAAAGCAAUUUACAGAUCUUGAGAUCUGCAACUUGUCUCCGGAUCCUCUGAUCUGCAAUCAAGCUCAUAAAUGGAACAUGAAACUAUUCCAUGGAACCUGGCAAAGUGGUUCUACAGCUGGUGGCUCCCCAGAUUAUCCAGCAACAUAUUGGACCAAUCCCCAGUUUAAAAUCAAAUUGGAGGAGCCAGAUGAUGAUCAGGAAGCAAAUGCAUGUGAGCCUUGUUGCACGAUGAUAGUAGGUUUGAUGCAGAAAAAUCGCAGACGACAGAAGAUGAAGGGGGAAGAUUGGCUCAAGAUUGGCUACUGCAUUUAUCAGAUGCCCAAAGAGUUAGAAAAUCAAGCUGAUGUUCAUCUAAGCAGAGAGUUCUUCUCAACAAAUAAACCUGUAGUUUAUUUUGACCGGGAGGUCUACUUGCGUGAAGCAUCAAGUCGCUUCCACCUGCCACAGGGAGAAUAUCUUAUUGUGCCAUACACCUCUCAGCCUUUCCAAGAUGGACACUUCUGCCUUAGGAUCUUCUCUGUGAAACAGAUUAAAGCUCAAGAAAUUGGGGACACCGCCACUGCUAAUCCAUAUGAGCCUCAAGUUACAGGCAAGGAUAUAGACAACGAAUUCAAAAGUCUGUUCGAAAAACUUUCUGGGGAGGACUGUGAAUUGACAGCAAAUGAACUUCAGACCAUUUUGAAUAGAGUCAUAACAAAAAGAAUAGACAUUAAAAGUGAUGGAUUCAACAUAAACACCUGCAGGGAGAUGAUCAGUCUCUUAGAUAACCAUGGAACUGGUACCCUGGGACUUGUAGAAUUCAAGAUCCUUUGGAUGAAGAUUCAGAAAUAUCUGGAAAUCUAUAAAAAAGUAGAUACGAACUAUUCUGGAACCAUAGAUGCACAUGAAAUGAGAAAUGCUCUCAAGGAAGCAGGUUUCACUCUCAGCAACAAAAUCCAGCAAAGUAUAAUUAUUCGUUAUGCCUGCAGUAAGCUGGCCAUUGACUUUGAUGGCUUUGUGGCCUGUAUGAUUCGUCUAGAAUGCUUGUUCAAAAUGUUUCAGAUACUAGAUAAGGAUAAGGAUGGAGCAGUUCAGCUUUCUUUGACAGAGUGGCUGUGUUGUGCAUUGAUCUAAAUAAGCAUUAUUUUUUGGCAAUAAUUUGGAAACUGGACAAACUUACGAUUCCACCAUGAUGUUUCUGAGAAAAAAGCUGAUUCCAUGACCUUCUCAAAAUAUGAGGAACUAUGUCAGGCUCUAGUGUAUAAUUUAAUAAAAUUAACAUAAAAUAAACAAUUAUGCAUAGAAACAAAUAUUGUAUAGCAAGCAUAGCCACAUUAGCAGCUUUGAUUUAAUAAACAAUGUGUCAUGAAAUCUAUGUUUCAAAACUGUGAUUGAAAUUGAAUUCAUCUCUAAUUUUAUUUCUAUAUAAAAAUAA